AUGCACGACAUCCUCCUGCGCGUGCGCAACCGCUCCGGCGAGACGCUGCUGCUGCUCUGCACGCUCGACGCCCUCAAGCCGCAGGAGCAGGCGGGCACGCCAUCGACGCCGCUGCAGCGCGAGGUGCUCAUCACCAUGACGAUGCGCGACGUCACCAGCAGCGAGCGGCGCAAGGCGGCCGCGCGCCGCCUCUACGAGUACGCGUACAUGGCGCCGCGCGCCGACGACGCGGAGCUGCGCUCCCUCUUCACGCCGAUGGCCUCGUUCGCGCACAAGGGCCCGCGCUGCCCCUGCUCCGAUGGACCGGCUCGCACAGCGGCGACUACCACACGCGACUCGCGGACGGGUCGCAUCGCCGUCGACACGAUCCGCGGCGGCAAGGUCGUGGACCACGUGUGCUUCUGGGACGAGGAGGCGCUGCGGAUGCAGCUGCUCGCGCAAGGGGAGGGCAAGCAGUGGCGGGGCACGCGGCACACGCCCGCGCCCGCCGACGCGGGCCCCGCCACGGUGCGGCUCCGGCUCUCGGUCAUGGGGCGCUGGCGAGACAACAAGUUUAUCCGCGUCGUCGCGGCACUUGGAGUGUCGACGCCGGCGAGUGAAGAGGUGGCGCUCAAGGGGGAGAUGCAGGCGCACUACCAGCGCAAGGUGCUCUCGCAGCUGGCCUACUGCCGCGGCGAGGGCGUGGCGCUGUGCGAGGCGGUGGACGAGGGCGGCGGCGAGGCGCUGCCGGUGAUGCUCUGCUCGGACACCUUCGCGGCGCUGGUCGGGACGGUGCUCAAGGGCAGGCUCGAGCCGCUGCUGCGCUCGCUGCUCGUGCAACCGGAGGAGGAGGCGGACGGCCACUGGUCGACGCCCAACCCCGAGGCGGAGGGGGCGGCCAUCGACCCGCUCGCCGCCAUUCGCGCGGCGCUGCAGGGGCAGCCGUCGACGACGCCGCUGCACGUUGCGAUGGUGGCGGCGCUGCACUCGCUCAACCUGAUGGUCACGCUCGUCGACAUGGCGGCUGCAGACCAGCCGCUGGUGUGGCUCUCGGGCGGCUUCGAGCGCGUCACGGGCUUCAAGCCGGCGCAGGUGCUCGGCACGAACUGCCGCUUCCUGCAGGCGCCGUCCACGGACCCGCUGUGCGUCGAGCGCAUACGGAGCGCGCUGCGCCGCGAGGCGACCAUCCGCGCAAACAUGUACAACGAGGGCGCCAAGGACUGUUUUUGGAACUCGCUCGCCCUCUACCCGGGCUACCGGCCCGACUCGGACCAGCUGCGCUACUACUUUGGCGUCGGCACGCCCCUCAGCACCGAGCACAUGAAGGCGGUGGCCCGCAUCCUCGUCCUCACCGAGGACGAGGCCACGGGAUCCGUCUUUGCGCCGAUGCCGUUUGCUGGCUGGUCGGGGCAGUCCGACUGCUACUAA